AUGAUUGUUUCAAGAUCUGCCGGUGCCUUUAACAAACAGCUCGACACGUGGCAAUUAUCGGGUUGGUUCAGUCCAAAAAGGUUUUCAAGAGCAAAGAAGAAUUGCUCGGUUGAGUACGGGACGUUGGAAGGAAAAAUGGAUUUAGCUCAUAAGAAAUUAAAAGGAGAUGAUUCAAACAAAAAAAUUGUGAAGAUAACGGGUAUAAAGAAAUGUGGGUGUCUCUUUGAGUUGAGGGCUCGUAAGUUGAUAGCUGAUGAUGAUUGGAUGGUAGAUGUAGCAUGUGGAAUGCAUAACCAUGCUCCUGCUAAACAUUUUGAAGGACAUUCAUUUGUAGGGAGAUUAUCUGAGGAGGAAACAUCAUUAUUAGUGGAUAUGUCCAAAAACAUGGUCAGACCAAAAGAGAUUUUGGUUACAUUGAAACGAAAGGAUGCUUUGAAUGUAACCACUAUGAAAACCAUUUACAAUGUACGUCAUAGGAAUAAUCUUAUUGAGAAAUAUGGGAGAUCACAAAUGCAACAUUUGUUACGUGAAUUAGAAAAGCAUAAUUACAUUGAGCGGCAUAGGAGUGACAACAACACGAUGACUGUCACAGACUUGUUUUAG